AAAGUUGAUCACCGGUCGCAAAAGUCCAUCAUCGAUCGUGAAUAUGCAUCCGAAUGCAAAAGUGGAUCACCGAUUCGGUGAUCACAUUAAAUGCCUCUUUGGCGUUCCAUAUACUAAAGACAGUCCUGAGUCGGAUCAUUUUCAUGCCGGUGCCUGGUCAGUAAACCUUGGUCUCCAGAUCCUUAGCGGACAUAUCUGUCUGCCAACAUGACGAUCACAGACAAAGUCAUCUCCGUUUUGGCCAACACCUACUACAUAUCAACCGUGCCUUUCCUCCUGUGUGCGGUCGUGACUUUCUUGGUCACGACGCUGAUAUGGCGGCGACUGACGUACUGGAGCAAAUACACCUGGCCGCCCGGGCCUCGGGGCUGGCCCUUGAUCGGUAAUUCACCGCUGAUCGCUCCAAACUCUGGACAGACCAAUGCCAAUAUCACCAGGAUUGGAAAGCAGUACCAUCCAGAUAUGUUUACGUUGACUUUGUACUUGGGAAAGCGCAUGCUCAUAUUAAACAGCUUCGAAUCCAUUAAAGACGCCUUCGUGAAGCAUUCAGCAUUGGUUUCUGACCGUCCUAGUGUGUGGCCAUUUACGUAUGUCAAUGAAAAUCAACGGAAUGUUGGUGUCUUCUUGGAGGCUUUCACGGAGAGUUGGAAGAGAGAGAAGAAGUACAUGAUGCGAACCGUUCGUCAGUUUGGCUACGGUACCUCCGGCUCGGAAAGCAUCAUUCUCCAAGAAGCUAAUCACCUGGCCGAGCUGAUCAAGAAGAGAGGCAGGGAGCCAUUUGAGCUGGGCCUCCCUCUCAGCCUCUGCCUCCUCAACGUGACCUUCUCCAUGAUCCUCGGUACCACCUACGAGGAAGAUGACAAGGAGUUCUCCAAAAUCUUGAGCUAUGUCCUGCAAUGGUAUGUGGAAAUCUUCAAACUAUACGACGUGGAGCCGAUGUUGCCCUUCUAUCACAAGUUUGGCCUCAGCCCUCGACUGAACAAGGGAAAGAUGAUGACAAAGGAUCUGCUGACGUUCGUUCACAAGCACAUUGACAAUCACAAGGCUACCCUGGACCCAGACCAUCCUCGCGACAUGGUGGACGCGUGUCUGAUCGAGAUGGCUAAAGGUGACCCCAACAGUGACCUGAGAGAGUUCACCGACGAGAAGUUCUUGUGGAUGCUGUUUUUCUUCAUCCCGGAUCAGGGAGACACGGCCUCGGGUCUAUUCCUCUUCCUGAUGCUGGCCACUGCCCUUCAUCCUGAGGUGCAGCAGCGCGUCUUCCAGGAGAUUCAAGACGUCAUCGGGGACCGACCGCCUUCGCUGAAGGAUAAAGAGAAGAUGCCGUACACGGAGGCUGUUAUCCUGGAGACCCUUCGCAUGGAUACCACCUUCUGGCUUCUAAUCCCGCACUUUACCGCAGAUGAUGUUGAGAUUCUCGGCUACAAGAUUCCAAAGGAUACCACGGUCAUUCCAAACAUCUACGCGGUCCACUUUGAUCCGGAGCUGUGGGGUGAUCCGGAAAACUUCAGACCUGAGAGGUUUAUCGACGAACAAGGGCGCAUUAAUCGACCAGAUUACUUCAUUCCCUACUCAACCGGACGCAGGGCGUGUAUUGGCGAGCAACUUUCCCAGAAACAGUUCUUCCUGUUCUACAUCACAUUGAUCCAGAAGUACAAGUUCAAGCUCCCAGAUGGUGACCCCAUCCCCAAGUUGGAAUCGCAGUGGUUGUGGGUUAGCCCUCCCGACUAUCGUCUGCAAGCGGAGCCCAGGGAGUAAACGAAAAGUAAUCGUGGUAAAACUCUCAACACGCUGUUAUAAACACUUGCUGUAGCACUAGCACGGCUCUAAUUAAAUGAUUUGAAGACUUACCGGAUAUGACUGUCGUUGGCGGCGCUGUGCUCAAUUCAGUAUUUUAGAGCCGUACGGCUCGUAAAUUUUCAGGAAGAUGGGUGACCCAUAUACAUGAAUAAAACGAAUAGUUUCGUUGGAAUCAU